AUGGUAUCAGCUCCGCCCUUCGACGGACAGAGUAUCAUGCAUCAUCUCAUUCCUGCUCCUGAAGUCCUCGUACCUCCGAUCAACUUUGCUCUCGUUGUCCCUGGUAUCUACAGAAGUGGACAUCCCAACAAGAAGAAUUUUGGGUUCCUAAAGCAACUCAAGCUUAAGGGAGUCAUGUAUCUAGUCGGAAAAGACGAGUACAGGAAAGAUUCUAGGGAGUUUGUCCAUGCUCAAGGCAUCGAAUUGCACCGAUUUGAUCUAUCAGACGAUUCGACCCUAUACACAUCAGAUGGACGAGCUGAACUGGACACUGCGCUAGCUAUCAUCCUUGACUCGUCCAAUUACCCUCUGUUGAUUCACGAUGAUAUGGGCAAAUCGACAUGUUCAUUCGUCUGUGCCCUCAUACGCCGAUUGCAAAGAUGGAGUCUUACGGGAAUAUACGCCGAAGGAGACAUGUUUGCGGGUCCUGCUGGAGGUGCAGAAGGUCAUGGAGUAGGCGAAGCGGGGAAAGAGUUCAUCGCAAUGUACGAAUCGUCCCAGGCUCCAAUCAGCUCGAUCUACAGACCGCAAUGGCUAGUCAGAGGUCCUUGA